AUGGCUAGUGGAGCGAGUCACGUUGUUAAUGCUACCAGUGACGAUGUGGUACAAAAACUUUCAACAUCUGGUGCUUCAUCUAAGAAGUAUGUUUUAAUCACUGGAGGUAAUGCGGGUAUUGGUUAUGCAGCAGCACAGUUAUUUCUUAGUAAGAAGGCUGAUAUUUGUCAAUAUGACGUAACAAUUGUGGGUCGAUCCUUAGAACGAUUGAAUGAAGCUAAAUUAAAGUUGGAGACAACAAUAACCCCAGACAAUUCAAACGUCAUCCACAUUGGUUUAUGUGAUAUAUCUUCGAAAUUAUCGGUUGAUACUUUUAUUAAAGAAUUUAAAUUGAAUAAAAUUGAUUAUUUAAUUAAUAAUGCUGGUGUUUGGCUCACAGAAUAUACAACAUCACCGGAAAGUCAUCUGGAAAUGACAUUUGCCACGAAUCACCUAGGUAAAAAUAUUUUGAUCUCCUCAUGUUGA